CUUGUUGGUGAAGACAUGGGCCAGGGCCUGGGUUUAAUUAAAGCGACCAACACUUGCACCAUGUUGCUGUCUCUGCUGCUGCUGCUGCUGCUGCUGGGCAGCUCCCGGACAGCUCAUUUUAGUGGAACUGUCAUGACCUUCUACCCAAAAGACCGCAGCCCAGAUGGAUCGGUCACGGUCGUCCUUCGCUAUAAGAUAAACUUCCACUCGGGAGGCAGCGACACGUGGAGGUGCUUCAGGGGCAACUGUGGGAAUCAGAGUUCUUUGACACUGAACAGAGUAUCCCAGGAGAGCAGCGGAGACUGGCUCCAGGAUGAGGGAGUCAUGACUCGGCAGGUUCCCGACAGCGGUGCUUUUCAGCUGUGGUUGAACAGUGGUAACUGGAUAAAUAACAUCAGAAAUGGCAUUGUAAGAUGGAGAGCCGUGACGCUGGUCGAUCUGAGGAUCCGUUCCGACACCAGCAGGGCAAACGCGUCCCCUCAGACCACCUUCCUGCCAGUUGUGAGAGUUCCUUCAAACUGUCAGAGAGAUUUCAACCUGUUGGCGUUUGACCCUGACGGAGACGAGGUCAAAUGUAGGUAUGGAAACACAUCACUGUCAGAGUGUAACCCCUGCACGCCAGCGUCUGUCCUCCGCCUCUCACCGUCGUGUACUCUGUCAUUCAGCGCCACCAACAGCAGUGAUGAAGGUCCGUACGCAGUCCAGCUGGUGAUGGAGGACUUUCCAAGACAGACGAUCACCCUGAAUCAAGGCGAAGAAGGGCAGACGAACAUAACUACAAACAACGCUAUCAGCAAAAUACCUGUCCAAUUUGUUCUACAGGUGGAUCCUGCGGUGCCAUCCUGCACAGAGGGACUCUAUUUGCCCACGUUCCUGCCUCCAACACCGGCCAACAGAGCUCGACUUUACACCCCCGUCAAUCAGACCCUGGACAUCAGCAUUAAAGCAGCUGCAACUUACUCCACGGUCUCUGAGCUACUGGUCAGCGGGCCCCACAACGUGAACCAGACCAGAUCAGGACCAGGUCAGUUUACCCUGAGCUGGACGCCGUCUCAGAGCGAAGAGGGAGAGAGUCAACCCAUCUGCUUCAUCGUCCAAGCACUUUCCAAUUCAACAAAGUAUCACUCUGAGCAGCGAUGUGUCAUCGUCAGUGUUGGAAACGAUACAUCACCAAGCGCUGAACCAACUACAGAGGGACCUACGCCAUCAGCGGGACCUACGACAUCAGUGGGACCUACGACAUCAGCGGGCACUAAGACAACAGUGGGACCUACGACAACAGUGGGACCUACGACAACAGUGGGACCUACGACAACAGUGGGACCUAUGACAUCAGCGGGACCUACGCCAUCGUCUCAACAAAUUGUCAUUCGCUUGACGGCGAGGAUUACCUCUGUGGUGAAUCUGACUGAGGAAGACAUCAGGAGUACGGUCCUGCAGCAGCUUCAAAACGAACUGGUGAAACUUGGAUUGCCAUCCAGCACCAAUCUGACGUUACUGGGGAAGGUGUAACUGGAAAUUACAGCCACCGGUGACCCCUGCUGAUUCAGUGUGGUCACUAAUCCACUCGUGCACGAAAUCUAAGAAAUUUUUAUUUUAAUCUAAAGGUUUAACUGGGGAAACUGGGUUUUGUUUUUAUCAAUGUCCAUUCAGUCGCUGUUCUUGGUCUUUUAAUGAUGUCUCCUGAUCUUCAUUAACAAAUGGGAUUGCCCUCUUUGACAUUGAUUGAACUGUAAAUGUUAAAAUUUCUUUCCAGUGUUUAAACUUUAAACGAUCAUCACUACAGUUUAAAAAAAAGUUAUGUUUUAGAUCAUAAAUCAUAUUUCUAUCAGUCUGUUGCUUGACCUGUCUCUGGAAGCUCACCUGCUGAUGACGUGUUUUUUUCCGGCCACCAAACACGACCGUAACGUAGUUUUGUGAAAAUAUAGAUUAUAUUAAACCUUUAAAAGGUCAUAGACUAAAACCAGAAUUACAAAAUAACAUUUCCUUGUUGCUAAAGACAUGGACCAGGUUCUGGGUUUAAAUAAGUAAAUCCAACGACUCUACAUUCUGCACAUUUUACAGAAUUAUACUCAUGUUGUACGUGACAGUUACAGAAUCCCAGGUUAUAGAUGCUAAUGUUUGUUUCAUUAAAAAAUCAUUUGUUUAACCUCA